ACGAGUGGUAUGUGCGGAACGUAACUGCAUAUGGCGGACGCUCAGUUUGUGUUUAUGUCAAUAAGAGACUGAUUUUAUCAUUUGCGCGGGUGUGGAUUUAAUAAUUUAUAAAUGGUGUUGUGUUAGUGGAACCUGUGAAUUGUGUGUGUUGUAUGUGAUAAUGGUUUUCCUCGCUGGACUGUUGGACAUUUUCAUUUCAGCAGCGUACUUAUAAGGACUAUAGUUCCCGUUACAAACAGAAUGGGAACCAAAACCAUAUCCACCUUAUUGGAACCCGAGCUAGACAUGGGCUCCGACAACACACAUAUCUUGGAACCCUGUCGCAGCGAGGGCUCCCACACCACACCCGCGCGGCGCGGCUGCGGUAAGAUGCGAGAGCGGCGCUCCCCGCUCCACAGCAUCGCUCUACUGUGCUGCCUGAUCUUCCUGUGCCGAGUGGACGCCUCCGACGAAACGGACGAACUCGAAGAAACCGAACCUCCGGAAGUGUACCUACAGAAUCUACCGAAUCUCCCGAACCUACCGAAUCUACCAAACCUACCGAAUCUACCGAGCCUGCCGACCCAGCUACCUACAGAAGAGAGACCUAUAAUAAUACCCCCUCUGCCGCCUGUCAACGAUUCUGGCAACAUUUAUAUCCGAUAUUUGACCCAUCCGCCCGAGAUCACAAUCCGGCCUCGCAAUCUCCAGGUGCGCGCGAACGGCAUCGCCGCUUUUUACUGCGCGGCGCGGGGGGACCCCGUUCCGAACAUCCAGUGGAGGAAGAACGGGAAACGGGUUUCAAGCAUGCAGUCCCGCUACCAAGUGUCAGCCAUGGAGCAAGUGACGGAGGUCGGCGCGAACGGCGCCGUGCUCCGCAUAGAGCCGGUACGCGCGCAGCGAGAUGACGCCACGUAUGAGUGCGUCGCGGAGAAUGGCGUUGGUGACGCCGUGACCGCUGUCGCAACGCUUACAGUAUUUGAAGCCGACAAGAUUCCCCCUGGUUUCCCCUCCAUCGCGCCGCCAUCGUCCACCAUGGUGGUAGAAGUGGGUCACACUGCGACUCUGCCCUGCCAGGCUACGGGCACGCCUACGCCGAAAGUGCGCUGGCUUUGGAACUCGCUUCCGCUCGACAUCGCCUCUAAUCCUAGAUACGCGUUGCUGAACGACAAAAUGCUUGGGACCCUGCAAAUUGUGAAGAGCGAGGAAGAGGACCAGGGCAAGUUCGAGUGCGUCGCGGAAAAUUCUAUCGGAACUGAAUUUUCGAAACCCACUUCGCUAUACGUCAAAGUAAGAAGAGUAGCGCCACAGUUCUCAAUCCCGCCGCCGCCGCGCACCGAAGUCAUGCUCGGGGGCAACGUCACGCUCAAGUGUGUGGCCUUCGGCUCUCCCAUGCCCACCGUCAAAUGGAGAAAAGGUCUAACGAAAUGGUUGACACCCGAAGACAACCCGCCACUCGGCCUCAACAACCUGAAGCUGGAGAACAUCAGGGAGUCCGCCAACUACACUUGCGAGGCCGCCAGCGUCCUGGGGGUCAUCGAGAAGACCGCUGAAGUCAAAGUGCAGUCGCUCCCGGGUCCACCCACCGAGGUACGUGCCUCGGAGAUCACCGCCACCAACGUGCGUCUCGCCUGGUCUUACAGCGGGCCAGAAGAACCACAGUACUACGUCAUCCAGUACAAGCCGAAAUAUGCCAACCAGGCAUUCAGCGAGAUCUCCGGCGUCAUAACCCAGUACUACUCCGUGACUAACCUGUCCCCGUACACCGAGUACGAGAUGUUCGUGAUCGCCGUUAACAACAUCGGGCGAGGGCCGCCGUCGGCGCCGGCAACCAUCACUACGGGGGAAACCGUGGAUUCCUUGUAUGGAGGUGCCAAACCGGGUUCAGCGCCGAGGAAUGUUCAAGUGCGGCCGCUGAGCUCAAGCACCAUGGUCAUUCAGUGGGACGAACCUGAGACGCCGAACGGACAAGUCACUGGCUACAAAAUCUACUACACCACAGAUCCUUCACAGACGCUACAAUCGUGGCAUUCGCAAAUGAUGGACAACAGUCACCUGACGACGAUAAGCGAGCUGACUCCGCACACAGUAUACACAAUCAGAGUUCAAGCGUUUACCUCAGUCGGCCCUGGGCCCAUCUCCGCGCCCGUCCAGGUUAAAACGCAACAAGGAGUACCAUCACAACCGUCGAACCUAGUCGCGGUGGAGGCGGGCGAGACGUCCGUCACGUUGUCGUGGCGUCGUCCGGCGCACGCCGGCGACAAUAUCGUGUCGUACGAGCUGUAUUGGAACGACACUUACGCCAAGCAGCACCACAGGAAACGCAUACCUAUCACGGAAACCUACACUCUGAACGGCCUGUACCCGAACACACUGUACUACAUCUGGCUCGCGGCGCGCUCGCAGCGCGGGGAAGGCGCCACCACGCCGCCGAUCGCUGUCAGGACGAAGCAAUAUGUUCCCGGAGCGCCGCCUAUGAAUGUGACAGCUGUGGCCGUAUCGCCGACGGCGAUUCGCGUGUCGUGGCAGCCGCCGCCGGCGGAGCGCGCGAACGGUCGGAUCGCGUAUUACAAGCUGCUUUGCGUGGAGAGCGGGAGGGGGGAUUCGGAGGCGACGGUCGUGAAGCUUAACCAUACGACUUUCGAGCUGGAUGAGCUUCGCCGCUGGACCGAGUACCGGAUCUGGGUGCUGGCCGGGACCAGCGUUGGGGACGGACCCGCCUCCUAUCCCGUGACUGUGCGCACGCAUGAAGACGUGCCGGGGGAGCCUCAGGACGUGAAGGUGACGGCCAUCAACUCGACGUCGCUCCACGUUACCUGGAAGCCACCCACUGAGAAGGAGAAGAACGGCAUUAUAAGAGGCUACCAUGUGCAUGUACAAGAAGUUCGUGAAGAGGGCAAGGGCCUUCUCAACGACCCGAUGCGUUUCAACGUAAUGGACGACACGAUGCUAGAACUGAACAUAUCAGGGCUGCAGCCCGACUCGCGGUACAACGUGCAGGUGGCCGCUCUCACGCGCAAGGGGGACGGGGACCGGAGCGCGCCAGUGUCUGUCAAGACGCCCGGCGGGGUGCCAAACAGGCCUCAGGUUAACCUCAAGGUAUUGGAGCGAGAGCCAAUUGUAUCGAUUGAACUGGAGUGGACUAAGCCCACGCAUACCUAUGGAGACUUACUAGGUUAUCGGCUAAGAUACGGUAUAAAGGAUCAGAAUUUGGAAGAAGAGAAUUUUGCGACCAAAGUCACGUCGCACAAAAUCUUGGACUUGGAAAGAGGCGUCCAAUAUGAAUUUAGGAUAGCUGGUCGUAACCAUAUUGGUAUAGGCCAGGAAACUAUCAAGUAUUGGCUCACACCUGAAGGUGCGCCUAAGGGACCUCCGGCAAACGUUACAUUUCAUUUCCAAACUCCUGAUGUCAUUAGUGUCACUUGGCACCCACCCACAAGAGCCGAUCGAAGCGGUCAGAUAAAGAAGUAUGACGUUGAGUUCUUGAAGAAAGGCGAUCAGACAUCGCUUAUCGAAAGGACUACCACAGCUAAUAAAACUGUUUUCACUGGAUUAGAAGAGGACGCUCAUUACACUUUCAAGGUUCGCGCUUAUACAGAUCAAGGGCCCGGGCCAUACAGCAAGGAGAUCACAGCGCAUACUGAACGGGACAUCGGCAGAGCACCCAUGGCGGUAAAAGCAGUCGCCACAUCUGAGUCAGAUGUUGAGGUAUGGUGGGAACCCGUGCCUUCGAGGAAGAAAAUAUUAGGAUACGUUAUAUUCUACACUAUGACGCCAGUAGACGACUUAGACGAAUGGCAGCAAAAGUCAGUUCAUGUAACGCAUUCCGCCGAUUUGGAAAAUUUAGAAAAAUUCGCAGAAUAUGCUAUCGGAGUGGCUGCUAAAACGGCUGACGGUCUCGGAAGGUUAUCAGAAAAGGUUACAGUUAAAGUGAAACCGGAAGAAGUGCCUUUAUACUUGAGAGCCCAAGACGUGUCCACGCAUUCUAUGACGCUAUCCUGGGCUCCGCCGUUACGCUUAAACCCUGUUAGCUAUAAGAUUUCAUACAACGCCAUCAAAGAAUUCGUUGACUCAUUAGGCAUGACCCAAACGCAAGAAAUACCUCGAAGAGAAAUCAUCAUCAAACACGAUAGAACGUCGUAUUCAAUUAACGAUUUGUCUCCUUUCACGACAUAUAGUGUUAACGUUAGUGCCAUACCCAACGACGACUCUUACAGGCCGCCAACGAAAAUUACUGUCACUACCCAAAUGGCAGCACCAAAGCCUAUGGUGAAACCUGAUUUCUACGGCGUUGUUGAAAAUGAAAUACUAGUUAUUCUACCUCAAGCUUCCGAAGAAUACGGUCCUAUAUCGCAUUAUUAUCUAGUUGUAGUGCCCGAUGAUAAAGCCCAUAAUCAUAAGAAUCCAGAUCAGUUCCUAACAGACGAGUUAAUAAAAAAUAAUGCUCGUACUGACGACGAAAAUGCUCCUUAUAUAGCUGCCAAAUUCUUGCAAAGAAAUAUUUUAUACACUUUCCAUCUUGGAAAUGAUGAAAAUUAUGAAGGUUUCUUGAACAGAAAAUUAAACCCAACGAAGCAGUAUCGCGUGUUCGUGAGGGCUGUUGUUGAUACGCCUCAGAAACAUUUGUAUACUUCGAGUCCAUUCUCAGAGUACUUAUCUCUCGACAUGCGUGAAGCUCCGCCCGGUGAAGAACCAAGCAGGCCUGGCCCUGAUAAAGAUAUUAAUGGAGAUCCAGAAAUAAGAAUUGAGGAGAACAGAAAAGAAGCGGGCAUGUUUUGGAUAAUCGGUCCUAUCAUUGCGGCGCUGAGUCUGUCUCUCUGCUUAGUAAUGUUAUUCUUUGUGAAGAAGCGAAGACAACCAUGCAAAACACCAGACCAGGCUGCGGUCACACGGCCUCUUAUGGCUGCAGAUGUUGGCUUUGGAGCACCGUCCGACCCCGUCGAAAUGCGAAGACUUAACUUUCAAACUCCUGCUAUGAUUUCUCAUCCACCCAUACCCAUCUCAGAACUGGCUGAACACAUCGAAAGACUAAAGUCAAAUGAUAAUCUCAAAUUCUCACAAGAAUAUGAAAGUAUCGAACCAGGUCAACAGUUCACAUGGGACCAUUCCAACAUGGAUGUAAACAAGCCUAAGAAUCGAUACGCAAAUGUCAUCGCAUACGAUCACAGCCGAGUCAUCCUACAACCGAUAGACGGAAUACUUGGAAGCGACUAUAUCAAUGCUAACUACUGCGAUGGCUACCGCAAGCAUAAUGCCUACGUUGCUACUCAAGGACCUUUGCAAGAAACGUUCGCAGAUUUCUGGCGCAUGUGUUGGGAACUACGAACGUCCACGAUAGUAAUGAUGACCAAACUUGAGGAGCGCACGAGGAUCAAAUGCGACCAGUACUGGCCGAGCCGCGGCAGCGAAACGUAUGGCAUGAUGACCGUAACCAUCGCGGAAGUUCAGGAACUCGCCACUUAUUGCAUUCGAACUUUCCAAGUCACGAGGAAUGGAGGUGCUGAGCGGAGGGAGAUCAAACAGUUACAGUUCACAGCUUGGCCUGACCACGGUGUACCGGAUCAUCCGGCUCCCUUCCUACAGUUUUUGCGACGCGUGCGAGCCCUCAACUUGCCCGAUGCCGGCCCGUUGGUUGUUCAUUGUUCUGCUGGCGUCGGCAGAACUGGCUGCUUCAUCGUGAUCGACUCCAUGCUAGAAAGGGCACGGCACGAACGCACCGUAGACAUCUAUGGUCACGUCACUUGCUUGCGAGCUCAGCGUAACUACAUGGUCCAAACUGAAGACCAGUACAUCUUCAUCCACGACGCUUUAGUCGAGGCUGUCGUCUGUGGUGACACCGAAGUGCCGGCUCGCAAUUUACACGGGCAUAUCCAGAAACUUAUGCGUAUCGAUACUAUUGAGAAUAUCACUGGAAUGGAAUUGGAAUUUAAGAAACUCGCUAACAUGAAAGCGGAUUCAACUCGCUUCGUCUCUGCCAGCUUGCCUUGUAAUAAACACAAAAACCGACUGGUUCAUAUCUUGCCAUUUGAGUCUACUAGGGUCUGUCUGACGCCAAGGGAUGGAUCUGAUUAUAUCAACGCUUCGUUCGUCGAUGGAUAUAGGUACAGAGCGGCUUACAUCGCCACGCAGGGUCCUCUGCCUGACACCACGGACGAUUUCUGGCGUAUGCUUUGGGAACAUAAUUCUACCAUCGUCGUGAUGUUAACGAAACUAAAGGAAAUGGGCAGGGAAAAAUGUCAUCAGUACUGGCCGUCGGACCGCUCUGUGCGCUACCAAUGCUUCGUAGUGGAUCCUAUUGCUGAAUACAAUAUGCCUCAGUACAUCUUGAGGGAAUUCAAGGUUACGGAUGCCCGGGACGGAGCGUCCAGGACGGUCCGCCAGUUCCAGUUCACGGACUGGCCCGAGCAGGGGGUCCCGAAGAGCGGAGAGGGCUUCAUCGACUUCCUCGGACAAGUACACAAGACCAAGGAGCAGUUUGGACAGGACGGACCUAUCACAGUGCAUUGCAGCGCGGGCGUCGGUCGCACCGGCGUGUUCAUCACCUUGUCGACGGUGCUGGAGCGUAUGCAGUACGAAGGUGUGGUUGACGUGUUCCAGACUGUUCGCACGCUGCGCACCCAACGCCCCGCCAUGGUGCAGACUGAGGACCAGUACGAGUUCUGCUACCGCGCCGCACUCGAAUAUCUCGGCUCGUUCGACCACUACGCCAACUGACGCUCGCCGAACGUUCUCGUCUAGUCGAACGCACGCUUAGCACUACGUAUGUACUUAACGCAUUUACUCUCAAAAUACCGGUUGGAUGGGUGAGCGAGUCGGAACCGUCAGUAGUUUUAAUGUGGCCGACAACUUUGUUAACUGACAGUUUCAGUAGACAAUUUCCCAGUAAAAAUAUGAGUCCAUUUAUUAUUCAAACUAUUAUUCUAACUUUGCCCCGAAUUUUUUUUUCGUUGUAUUUUUGGCGUUUGGUCACUUAGACGUCAUUCAAGUUUCCAAAUCAUCCACGAUCGACCAGAAUUAACUUUGGGAACGUGAAUUUAUUAUUACACUUUCCGUAACUUUUAAUGUUUUGUCAAAGUUGAAUAACUUGUUCGUAAAAGUUAUCAAUUUCUAGCUCGCACACCCUGUCAACUAUAUCGUAGUGAUGUUCGACCUACCAUAAUAUUGUUAAUUCAAUGUUGUAGUAUACCAUUAUGUGAGGUAAACAUGUAUGAGUGCCUAGGAACGCUACUUAUGACGUAUAUAUAUAUAAUGAACGUGACCACUAAAAUACAUGAUUGUGAGUCGGAAGGGUAAUAACUAUUAAUACUUAAUCCCGUAUCUCCUUAUGAUAUUAUACGAUGCUGUUCAUCCUAUUUUUGUCUUCGAAUAGGAACAGUUAAUGUUAAAUUCCAUAUAAAACGGUUAAAGUAUAGAUGCAUUUAAAAUAUUACAGAUUAAAAAGACGGUAUUUAAAAGUCAGUGUAAUAUUAUGCCAAAAGUAUAAUUUGCUAUCGGAUAAAAUAAUUAGUAAAUGAAAACAGUGCGCUUAGAGACUACGAUCUUUGCAGGAAUGCUUUUUACACUUUUUAAAGAAGCUUUGGAUUAAAUGGGGACUUAAUUAAAAUGAGUCGUCCAACGCGAUACCAUUUUCAUUAUUUUCAUCGUACAGAGCGUUCCUGCAACAGGCGGGUAGAUGACUUUACGCGUAAUAAUAAUCUCUGGUCGUCACAUAUACUACAUAAUAUUGUAAUAUGUAUAAAUAGUUAUUGCAGCUGUAAUUUAGAAGUUUAUUUUUCAUAUCGUGUGUUAAAUAUGUUAAGUAGUGUAAAGACGGUAACACGUUUCAUUAUUGCAAUACACGUUAAUCAUUAGACGAAUCGGCUGUGUCGUGUGAAAUGAAAUUAUGUGUCGGUCCCGUGUGUAGUACAUAAUUUUGUGUACAUAGUUGUAUGUGAUGUAAUUUUUAUUAUUUUUUGUACGCCCAAUUUUAUGACAGCCAGUAAUGUUUCUAUUUAAUUUAAUUAAGGGUCCGCAAUAGGUAAACUUGGAUGUGUCAAUUUUAUAUUGAAAAGGAUGUUUGGACUUAAUUGUGUAAGAGUUAUAAUAGGAUUUAGUGUACUUAUUAUUGAAAGAGUUCAACUAUAAUCGUUAAAAUAUUGCAAUAAAGGUUACCCAUUGUGACCCCUUAAUUUUCACGCAAGCUAACUAUGGUAGCUAUGUUUUUUUUCUUUUGCUCAGACUUUUACACUUGUUUUUCAGACCCCCAGUAGCAUUUAUACGUCAAAAUGACGUCAGCGACGUCAUUAUGACGUAAUAAUGCCGUCAUUAUGACGUCGCUGACGUCAUUUUGCUACCUGGGACGUAGGUAUACCUUUCUUUUUAUACUUAUAUUACUUAUGUGGUUUAUCACUGCUUGCUUCUAGAUGAACGUGAUUCGAUUACAUAUCUAUAUUUAGGUAGAAAAAAUGUUUUGUCGGUGUGGCAAUGUUUUAAUGAAUAUGAGGGUAGUUUAUAAUAAUUUGCAUAAUUUUGGGCGUGAUGCGAAACUAGUGCGGAUGAAAUAUUGAAAUAAGAUAAAAGUAAUGAACGUGUGACUCGGUUUAAUCAGAAGUUAAACCGCGAAUUUAUGAAUUAUUUCUUUGUUUAAGUAAUUACUUUAUAAAUAAUACAUUAAAUGAACUUUCCAGUGACUAAGGAGGACUUAAAUGAAGGUUCCAAUGCCUCUAUAACCCUACUUUAAGCUAUCUCUAAGUGUAGUACGUUGUUUAAUCUUUUACAGUAAUCCCUUGCCUAGUAUCGUGUAAGAUUUUUAGGUUUUUCACUAAUUUUAUACAAUAUACCUACUUACUUAUACCUAUCGAUGUACCUACGUAUAAGUUAGUGUUAAAGCUGAGCUUCUAACUUAGGAAAUACGACGCGUCUAAGAAUCGAACUUAAUGGAGAAGCGAAUUUCAGUGAUUUCCGUAAAGAACCUUAUAUGUCAGCCGUGCUAACUACUCGACAAGUUGACUUGACAACUGCUAAAACGUCAUUGAGGAUACAUAUACCUAUAUAUACAAAAGACUCAUUUUCAGUUGUUUAGUUAUCUUGGACGAGUAACGCGGUCGUUCACGUAACUGCCAAUCGUUUGUCUUAGCUAUGAAAUAAACAAUAAAAUACGAAACGUACGUAGUUAAUGAGAUAAUUGUUAAAUUGAGGUUAUAGCGAAAUUUUAAUACUCGUUAAUGAAUUGAGGACCGAUAAAAUGUAUAAUGCCACUUGAAUAAGGAGGCUUUAAUAUUUCAUUUUACGUUUUAUCAUAUUAUUGGCAAAGUAUUUAACGUCCAUUCCAAUUUUUAUUUAAUUUGCUUUUACUGUUAUAAUACACUGAAUGAAAUGGCGUAUAAGUGAAAUUGUGUAACGUCCAUUAAAAUUUUAUGGUUAUUUGUUUUAUUCAUUUCUUAUUUUUUAUUAUCUUUUACGUUUAUUAGUAUUUAGAUAGCAUUUAUUUUAUGACGUCCAUUCCGUGUUUUAAUUACUAGAGCCCGCCACGAUCCAUCUUGCAGUCCGUCCGAAAAGGCAGUUAUUACAUUGUAGCGACGAGUGUUUAAUACUUCCGUAUCUUCCUCUUUUUCGGGUGAACGGCAAAAUAGAUAUUAGCUAUUUGGAAAUAAGGCAGAUUUUUCUUACUCCUUGCCAUAUAACAGUUUACUGGAAGGUUUCCAACGCACAUUAACGAUCUCUUAUACAAUGUCCGUAAACUUAGGUAACCAAAUAUUGUUAAUAAUGAUUAUGAGAUUGUUGCUUCGAGCCAUUAAUACGGUGCUGGAAUUGUUUUGUAUAGAUCAUCCAAUUAAUAAACUAAUAUUCACUUCGUUUUGUACGUUUCCAAUCAUUUUGUUUGUGUAUAAUGUAAAAGACUGAUAUAUUUUCGAUGUGUACUUCUUAGAAAUUAUUUGAUUGUGUACGUUUUAUUUCCGAAUGAAUCAAUUGUAAUUUUAGAUUUAACAUUUGUUUAUAAUGCCCAAGAUUGCUUCAAUUCCUAGUAUAAUUUGUACAAACUCUCGAAUUUGUUUAUGAAAGUCCCAUUGUGAAUAUCUAUAGAUUUAUCUGUAGACUUUUUCUAUACUAAUUCCGUAUCAAUUUGAACGCAUCGCAUGCUAUUUUUCGUGCCUGGAAAAGGCACAAUGUCUAUCGCAUUUGCUUUAAAAAGUAAUUAUUUUAGUGCAAUUAAAAUGGCGCCCGCAGUAUUGCAAAAGGCGGCUAAUGUAAAUGUAGCAGUAAGUUUGUAGGCGAUGUUUAUUUUGUAAAAAAAUCCCGCGCUGCGUCUCGGGGCACAGUGGAUUCGCAAAAUUAUACAUAUGUAUAUGAACAAAUAAAUUAUGUGAGACCAUAA